AGCGACACAACUGAAAGUAAAAUAACGGAACAUGCCGUAAUACAUACUUCGUUUGGCGAUAUUCAUAUCAAACUUUUUGCUAAUGAAUGUCCGAAAGCUGUGGAGAAUUUUUGCACGCAUGCGAGACGAGGAUACUACAACGGUCAUACUUUUCAUCGGGUUAUCAAAAGCUUUAUGAUACAGACCGGCGAUCCGACAGGCAAAGGAACUGGUGGACAGUCGAUCUGGGGUGAGGAUUUCGAAGAUGAAUUUCAUCCAGCGUUACGACACGACAAACCAUAUAUGGUUUCAAUGGCAAAUGCAGGCCCGAAUACCAAUGGAUCGCAGUUUUUCAUCACUGUUGUACCUGCUGAUUGGCUUGACGGCAAAAAUACACUUUUUGGACAGGUUACAGAAGGUUUCAACGUGGUGCAAAAAAUUAAUCAGGUGCCUACGUUUGAAAAAAGUGGACGACCAAAGCAAGAAAUCUCCAUCUUGUCUAUAUCGCUGAAAUGA